AUGAGCAGGCUCGAGCUGUACUCGCCUGAAGGCCUCAGGGUCGACGGAAGACGAUGGAACGAGCUUAGAAGGUUUGAGUGCCAGACAAACACACAUCCGAACGCAGCGGACGGGUCGUCGUACGUCCAGCAGGGAAAUUCCAAGGUGUUAUGUCUGGUGAAGGGCCCGAUGGAACAUGGGGCGAACCUCGCCGCAGGAACAAAGCUAGAUCCCAACGGGCCAGUGCUAUCUCUCAACAUCAACUACCCGCCGUUUGCCUCUUACGAGAGGAAAAAAAGACCAAAGAACGAUAGACGAUUACAGGAGAUUAGCAUUAUUCUCAAACGUUGCUUCAUGAAAACUAUAGUGCUGAAAAAUUAUCCACGAACAGCCAUCGACAUUAACCUCACGGUGCUGGCGAUGGACGGCGGCCUGCUGGCCUGUUUCUGUAACGCCAUCACGCUGGCGCUGAUCGACGCCGGGAUCUCGCUAUACGACUACGUCAGUGCCGUGAGCGUGGGACUGUACGACCAGACACCGCUGCUGGACAUGAACGCGCUCGAGGAAAACGAUCUCAGUUUCAUCACGAUCGGUGUGGUUGGCGACUCCGACAAGCUGAACUUGACCCUCUGCGAGGACAAGCUGCCGCUCGACAAGCUAGAAAGACUGAUCAGUCUGGGCAUAGAAGGCUGCCACCGGCUGAAGGAGCUCAUGGAUUUGCAGGUGCGUGUAGCAGGCGGGCAGCUGCAAGAACGCCAGUAA